GGCAACGUUGGUGCGGAGCGGUACAAAGGGAAAGCGCUGCCGAGCGAAACGGUACGGUUUGGCUGUUGUUUUUAAAUCGGCGUCAAAGGACAAAAGAAAAACACACAGGGCAUUGAAGCCCGUAUUUUAAAAAUAUAAAUUCAAGUUGAAAAUCUAAUACAUCAAAAUUAUCGCACACGUGCUGUGAAAUUAUGGAUUUAUGCAAAUUUUACAAUAGAACCAAAAAUGUCAAUGCAACAGCGGUGGCAUACUGAAAGUGCAUAAAUAUUUCAAAAGUCAUGUGUAGAUUUUAGACAGCCGGAGCGAAAGAGAGGGCUCAUUGGCCUGCUGACCUGUCAAUGGCAUUUAUCGAUAUCGAAACUAUAUCUAUGUAGAUAAAGGACGAUGUAAUCAUGAGAGGCGCCGCGUAGAGCAGAAAAAGUUUUGCCCCCGAAAGUUUGGACUAAUAGAAAAUAUGGCCGGCCAUUGAGUUUGGCCAAAAAAAGCAAAGUUUCCCGCCAUCCCAUUCCCAUUGGCAUCGUCCUGCCUCGACAUUGUCCAUGUGGCCAGGGAGGUGGAUCGAAAUCAGCUGGGGACUUUAAAGGCGACUGCCCACAAUGGACCUUGGCCGCUGGCUGCUGCAGCUGGGCGUGCACAUGCUGCUGGUUGUGCGGCGCAUUCAGUGUCUACGUGUGACUGACAUCAAUGUGCCACAAAUUGUUGAUUUUCGUGAUAACGUGACAUUAUCCUGCAGCUAUGACAUAAGUGGUCACACGUUAAAUUCGGUUAAGUGGUACAAAAACGGAAAGGAGUUUUUUAGAUACUCGCCCCUCACCCCGCCCACCUACAUUCCGUUCGCAGUGGAGGGCGUGCAGCUGAUCGAUGACGGCAACGAGUGCAACGAAUCCUCCUGUCGCGUGGAGCUCAAUUUAUUGGGCGUCAAGUCGUCGGGCGUCUACAGGUGCGAAGUGUCCGGCGAUGCCCCCCACUUCCAGUUAACUGCCCGCGACGCCAACAUGAGCGUCGAAGCACUGCCCCAGAACAAUCCACUCAUCAGCAGCUUUCACUCAACGUAUCGCUUCGAUGACUUCGUAGAAGUCAACUGUAGUACAGAUUUUUCUAGCCUUUUCACGCGGAUUACCUGGUACGUCAACGGAAUAAAGGUUUCUCUGGUGGAUUUACUUCCCUCGUUUGAAACCACCAUUGUAGCCCAUGGAUACAGCAUGCGACGGAUUGUUUCCCAGCUGAAUUUUUACGCCAAUGAACCACGGUUCCAUCAAUUGCAAUUGCAAAAACUGAUCCAGCAGAAGCGGACAAUCUCACCAGCUAGACUUGGCCUCGAGCUGCGUUGUGUGGCGGAGAUCGAUCGGUAUCCACAUCUGCAAAGAGAAGGUACCAUGUUCGCCCAGCUUUACAGGGACGAAAUUGAUCAGAAAAAUCAGAAGCUGAUCAACUCGAGAUCAGGUGCCACUCCAAAUCCACAAGUGCAGCAUCUGCUGCUGGUGGCAAUUUCGAUGACGAUGACCGCAGUGCGACUCUUCACACCGCUGACAUUUCAAUAUGGCGCACGGAAGUCGGCGCGCUAUAAAAUGGCGGCGACGCGAUGUAGUUUUCCUCGUUUCCGGUUUUGAUUGUGUUCCAUUUUUGUUGAGUUCGAUUUGUUUAACAUUUUUGUAGCUCUAAGCAACUGAAAUGCACGUGAGAAUUUACAAACAAAAUCAAUAUAAUAUUUAUGUAUAAUUGUAAUAAAAGUCUCGCAGAGUUUCGUGGGGGAAUUUAACUUAAGCAUAGGCGAGCGAAUCCUGUAAAUAGCCUUUAAGUGUGCAAUCGAAUUAUAAGAACAAUGAAAUCAUCGUCAAUAAAUAAGCAAGCAAACAAAUGA